AUGGCCCAAGGUAGGUCGCCGUUUCUCGUCGCCAACAUUGACAAAGGCAAGAUUGGAGAGCUGAAGGCUGUGCCCCGAUUUCCGGGCGCCGCUCUGUGCUGGAAGCUAAUAUGCGCCACGAAGAUGGACAAGACGCGCGCCGACAUUGCGCGAUGGUCCUUUUAUUUCGCGUCGAAGCGCAGGCGCGGCGUUGCUCAAACGUACCGCAAACGUGAGGUUCCCACGAAUCUCGACAUCAUCGAGGAGAAUGAGUUGGAAGAGAAGCGCACGCCGCAGUCUAGUGAGGCACAGGCACCCAACAUCAUCGCGGACAGAGUCGUGCUCAACCCACCCAACUACUUGAAUCAUGACGCCGCCCGCAUCAUUCCGCAGAAGAGAGACCGCGAUGAGCUUCAGCAUAUGCCCACUGGUCCCUCCGGUCUGGACUGGAGCAACCCGCCCGUCCUCGACACCGACCGACUGCAAAAAAAGCUCCACACCGAGGACGGUGCGACGCAAACCGCCUUUACACAUUUAUGGGAGGCGUACGAGCGCCGGCAGAAUUCGUACAUUUACUGGAGAGACCUGGCCAGGAAGCGUAAGCUCGAGGAGGAGGAUGCACAGAGGGAGAGGGACGAGGAGGAGCGCAUCAAGCGAAUCGCGCACCUCAAGGCGCAGCCCUUUGCCAACAUUUACGUGCCAUCCGCGCGCCGCCAAAUGCCGCUGCAGGCACCGGCACGAUCACAUGCCCAAGCUCCAGGACCAAGACUCCCCCCAUCCCACAUGACGCUUCGAUCCGGCCGCAUCGUCGUCACCAACGCGGGCCAUAUCCGCCGGUGGAAAUGCGCCUUUUGUUGCAAGACAGCGGCGUGCACACGGCACCGCGUCUACUGGAAGGACAACUACGAGAUGAUGGACCUGUGCCUGACUUGUGAGCACCGCAUGAAGCGGGGCGAGAUUCUCAACUAUGUUGCGGAUGCUGCGCGUGACGACGAUUCUGUGAAUGCCAUCUCCUCGAGCACCAACACAGACACCUCGUCGAAUUCCGGAAGCGCUGAUUCGGAUGUGGUCAUGUUUGAUGUGAUUGACGUCGACGCACAAGGCAAUGCAGGCGACAGGCAGCCAGCUGCGGCAGGCGGCGUGGACGUUCAAGUCCAAGUCGACGCUAAUGCGGUACAUGCAGACGAUGCUCUUGUCGUCGUCGUUCCAAACGUCCAGCUGGGCGUCCAACAACCAGUAGCUGCGGCGCCUGUAGUCGGCUACCGCGACAUGUUCUGGACAAACAAUCCGCUCGGCCAGAUGGUGCAGAGAGCCUUCAACCUUGACUUCUCGGCCAUCUUUAGUGCUUUUGUCUUUAGAGAGCCAAACCCACCCGAUCAACCGCAGCAACCGCAACAGCCGCAACAACCACAACGGCAACCCGCACCACACGCAGUCAUACCUGGCUCCUUUCCUACGACCCGACCAAUUGCAAAACCCCGCCGCCGUCGCGCUGAACCACCUCGGCAGGCCAGAGAUUCCCAGGCAGCUCGCGGCCAGCACAUUGCCAAUGUUCAACCAGGUCGCAGUCGUCGGGCCCAGCCUUCCCGCCGGGCACCAGCAAUGGGCCCCAACGACCCGCGCUUUUUCUUUGGCUACCUCGCGUAG